CCGCUCUCUUCUUUGUUGUCAUAAUGGAGAGUGAUAGAAUGUGAAUUCAUUCUUGUGUUAUUUCUCUCUGAAGUUUACGCACGAUCGCCCAUUUAAUGAGUGAAUAUCAAUAAUAGUCUAGUCAGUUGAAGUGUGAAAUUGCCGCUGACCGCGUUAGCAACGUAACGUGCGUUGGUAGACCACCUCUCUAAAAAUAAUUCGCUUCACAUUGAAGAAACAGUUGAGUGCUAGUUGACAACAGUCGAAAAUGAAGAUGGCUGACGGGGCGACGAUACUGCGAAGAAAUCGGCCGGGAACGAAGGCAAAGGAUUUCUGUCGAUGGCCGGACGAAGCCUUUGAGGAAAUGGACAGCACACUGGCUGUACAACAGUACAUUCAGCAGCUGAUCAGGAAGGAACCUUCCAAUAUUGAACUUAUUCUGCGAAUGCCGGACGCGCAGGAUGAAGGUGUUUGGAAAUAUGAACAUCUUAGACAAUUCUGUAUGGAAUUAAACGGGUUGGCGGUGCGAUUACAAGUGGAAUGCCAUCCCGACACAUGCAAUCAAAUGACCGCCACCGAACAGUGGAUUUUCCUGUGCGCUGCACACAAAACUCCAAAAGAAUGCCCUGCAAUUGACUACACCAGACACACACUUGAUGGGGCUGCUUGUUUAUUGAAUAGUAAUAAGUAUUUUCCUAGUAGAGUGAGCAUUAAAGAAUCAUCGGUAGCAAAGUUAGGUUCGGUGUGUCGCCGUGUCUACCGCAUCUUUUCACAUGCAUACUUCCACCAUCGCACCAUCUUCGAUGAGUUCGAAAAUGAAACAUAUUUAUGCAAGCGCUUCACUCAAUUCGUCGUCAAAUACAAUCUCAUGUCAAAGGAUAAUCUGAUCGUACCAAUUUUCGACGGCGAAUUGGAGCCCAGCGAAUCCGAAGCUUAAUUUAACACCAUAAGAAGAAACAAAUAUAACACAUUGCAAAACACUCACCUAUACACCUCACUCUACACUCGGACGCCAUCCGCGAUGGGAAAACUGAUGAAACACCUUGAUAAAUGUGUGUAAUUAUAUGUAUUAUAGUGUUAGGUGUAUAAGUAGUUGACUGUGUCGAAUAUGUCGAAUAACUGGAGGGGCAUGCUACUCUUCAAGAACAUUUACUCAAAUAAUCAAGACCAAAAUGAAGUUUAAGAGUCAAAAUUGGGGAAAUUCUUCUAAAAAAUCGAAAAUUGCAACUUGUGCAACAUAUUAUUUAUUCAUAAUAUACAUUUUUUUAUUUCGACGUUCUAGCGAUUAAAAAAUGCUGAUUCAUAAAA